CUCCCAUCAACUCCGGUAAUCCACCAGAAUGAGGAGCACAAGCACAGUCGAUGGGAGAGUGUCAGGUGUCAAUUUACCACAGUGAAGAUAUAGCGGUCUCUUUCCUAUUCCUCUGCCUUUUACCCUCUUUUCACCUGUCCCCACAAAAUUCUGGUUCCUUCUUUCCCAGCUAUUCACGGUGUCAUAUAUCCUAACCUCCAGUAGAGGUUUCACCAAAGCUCUGCUCCUAGGUCUCUUUUUAUAAUUAUCUAAAAAAAAUUAAUCACUCACCUUUUAGUUUAGACUGGUUUAGACUUUUAAUAAAAAGAAAAAGUGACAAUCUACCCAAGUCUUGGGAAAGCACUGUUCGAAGUCUCUGACUGAUGUAUGAUCUUUAAAGUGCAGCUGUACUAGAGAUGUUUAUGUAAUUGGAGAUUUAUUUUAUGCUGUGUACCAUUCUGACUUGUUUUGUAUUAUACUCAUUUCAAUCUCUUCAUUACUGAUGCCAAUACUGCAAAAUAGCAUGAAAAUCUGUUUGUUAAGAAGUUAUUAGAAACAUCCAAAGAUUAUAAGUAAAGAUGUAUGCAAUCUCCAAAGUUUUCAUCCAGAUCUGAACUGCCUCCAAAGUUCCACCCCGGCAAGCUGAUUAUAUACAAAAAGGCAGUAGGGGGGUAUGUAUUCAGCUGAAGUCCAUAUAGAAUUUAACAAAAUUCCUCCUGUAGAAUUUUUAAGCUAAUUUUUAUGCUGUUGGAGUUAAAACUCCCACUGAUUCCAACGGAAGCAAAAUCCAUCCAUUGCUGAGUACUUUUGAAAAUCCCAUCCUACAUCACACAUUGACAUAAGCACUGUGGACAGCUCCAGCUCUAGGCUUUUUCUCCACCAGGUAGAUCUUAAAAAAUACAAAUAUAUAUAGCUAACCACAACCCGUCCCCUCCCCCAGCUACCUGCAUUAUAAGCAGUACCUGAAACAUUCCUUAAUUUCUCUUUCCCCACCACCCAUAGGGCUCAAUCCUGCUACCAUUGAACUCUUUGAAGAUGAGAUCUUUUCCAGUAGUGCAGGAUGAGGCACUUAACGUUCAACUUUCAUUCAGAGCAUUUCUUUCCAGGACCCGGAGUAGUGGUGGGUCCAGAUCUCUUCACUCUUCCCCCUCCCCCGCCCAUUCACCACUGGAGAAGUGGCUGUACUAUAGAACUGGGAGAUUCCUAGCCCCCCCAGAAGGGGGAAAACACGGAUGGUGACACAGCUGGAGGGCCGAGUCAUGAAAAGGAAGCUGCAGUUCAUGGGUGGACAUGGGUCUGCAAGUGGAGAAGGUGGUGAGAGAAGUACUACCAGAUGAGGGCGCACCAGCUGAGAGAGCUAAUUCCCAACACUGCCAGCAUGAUGUGCUGUUCUGCCCCCCCAGUGUCAGUGAUGGGGCUUGCUCUGCUGACAGCUUUCAUGUACAUCUGAGAAAAUAAGGAUACAGAAAGAAGAGGCGAAAUGAACCAUUUCCAGCAGUGGGUCAUAUUCCUGCUCUCCUUGUUUCUGGAGUGUACAGAGGCCAAAAAGCACUGCUGGUAUUUUGAAGGGUUGUAUCCUACAUAUUAUAUGGUUUUUGCCAUCCAUGUACCAGGUGAAAUUAUCAGAAAGACAAAUGGUUACUUGCAUCCUGGAUAUGGUUAUAUAAUAACAUGGGGAGCAAGGAUAUGUCGCUCCUAUGAAGAUUGCUGUGGGUCAAGAUGCUGCGUAAGAGCCCUCUCUAUCCAGCGACUCUGGUAUUUUUGGUUUCUUCUCAUGAUGGGCGUUCUGUUCUGCUGCGGAGCUGGUUUCUUCAUCCGAAGGCGGAUGUACCCUCCUCCGCUCGUAGAAGAACCUACUUUUAAUGUAUCCUACACCAGACAACCAGCCAACACUGCAGCAGGAUCACAGCAACCAGGGAUGCCAUACUACACAGAUCCGGGAGGACCUGUGAUGAACCCCAUGGCUAUGGCUUUCCAUGUCCAGCCCAACUCCCCACAAGGAAAUCCAGCGUACCCACCUCCGCCCUCUUACUGCAACGCACCACCACCUCCAUAUGAGCAGGUGGUGAAAUCCUCCACAUAACAACUCUGCAGCUCUGUUACUUGACUCUGUGAGAAGCAGGUGCCAUUGCAAAGUGACUGGGGUAGAGGGCCUCUGUCUUUCUCAACACUUGCUAGUUCUCUAACUCUCCCUACACACACUCCCCAUUAACAUUACUUGCAAGGGAUGAUUUUUUUUUUGUAGUAGGGGGUAAAUUUUCAUUUUGAUGUAUUCAAAACUAAAGCAAGGUCUUUUAAAUGCUUUUAAUGGAAACCUAUAUUUAAAUCCAGUAUGUUUUCCCUUUAUUUAUUGUUUCAAAGGUGUAUAUUAACGCAUUGUGGCAAAAUACGGUAGCAGCUUUAUGCAACCACAAAGUGAUGCACACUCUCCUAAAACCCAGUAGACAAAUGUGGUGUUUUACUAGAGUAGAAAGGAGAGAAGGCGUGAGUUGGAGGAAAGAGUCAGGGCAAGAUAUUUAUGAGAAGUGUGACCACCAACCUCAUGGCCUGUGGUUUUCUAGGAAAGCUCUGUUCUGAGACAAAGAAGGGGGACAGGAUGUUAUGGAAUCCAUCGAGCGAGGAAGUCGAGUCAUGGCAGUGGGUUCUGUUUGGAACGAGUCCCACUUGAGAACUUCACUUCUAUAAAAGGUGUGGGUCCAAGAAAUUGUGAAUGAGCAGGUCUGCAAGGUCUUCACCUGCACCUGGACUCUGAACUUGCCACUUUAAGCCUGGCUCCUCUUCUUCUUCUGACACUUUCUGGAGGGCUUUUUUUGUUGUUGUUGUUGUUGCUGCCAAGGAUAAGAUUGUAAAAUAUAGUUGAUGACCUGUGUGUGGCAGGGAAAAUGUUAUCAGCUAACAGCUACACAUCUACACUUGUAGAGAAACUACUUCGAAAUAUUUCAAUACACAGAAGAAUUUUCUGCCCUAAAAUUAAAAUGGAAAAAAUGGGAACUUAGGCCCAGAUCCUCAAGGUAUUUGGGCACUGAACUUCCAUCUGGGCCUUGGGUCCCAAUCUUGCUCCCUUUGAAGUCACUGGGAGUUUUGUCAUUGACUUCACUGGGUGAUGAUUGGGUCCUUGUUCCAUACAACGUGCUAGCUCACUGGGUUUGGUUAUGGUCUUAUAGUCACAGAGAGAGCACAAAGGGUUUUGUCUUCUCCAAGCAAGAGAUUUGAAAAUCUUCUCUUAAUGAUGCUCUAAGUGCAAUAACUUACUGGGAUAUAUGUUUAAGGGUUGCUUCUGAGCCUAAUGCAUGGACACUUUGGCCAUGCAAUGCCACUUGCAGACGAGUCUCUGUGCAUCAUGCUGAAAAUGUUCCCAGUUGUAUUUGCCUCAUACUCCUGGGAGGUUCUUUGAGUGGCAGUGGCUACUACCCAACAUCUUCAAACAAACAAAACCUUUUCUCCUGAUGUGUUAAUGAAUGGUUGUUUUUGCAGACAUUUUCCCACUUAUUUUGAUUGUUUCCAAUUAAAGUGUGGUGUUUUUUAUUGCUGUUUGAACUGAAGAAUCACCUCAACUAUGAGCUCCUGGCACAAAACCUAUAGAAAUGUUUAUUAACUUCCAAUUAGUUACACCGGUGCCAUCCCACUGGAUGCCUGAGGGUGCCCAUGUGUAACUGAAUGCAUACUCCCAAGACAUCUGCAUUGCGGAGAUGUGGUUGAGGGCCUUAUUUAGCCUGCAGAGCCUUUAUCACUGGUGAUGAUUUGUGAGAAUUUGGUUCUCAGAGCCCAGGCUGAGUUUGCAGGGCUAACAAUCAGAGACCAACGUCUUUUUGCUUUUAUACUGCGCACCUUCAGUACAGACCAUACCGAGCACCAAUAAACCCGGGAACGCCCUGUCCUCUUUUUAGUCCCUUUUCCGAGUGGAACUACCCUUCAAAGGAUCAAAUCCAGUAAUCAUAACUCAGGUGCAAUUACUAUUGAAAAUCGCCACUUGUGUGACGUCUAGGAGAAAACUCUUUCUGCGCCCACUCCAGUACAACCCUGACACACUCUGGGAGGAACUGGCCUGAUAUAAAUACACUGAAAUUGCAUUCAUUUGAAUUGUGUUACAUUCACCAAAACCCAGCCUGGGACUUCAGCUAGAAUCCUUAGGGUCACAGAAACACAUUUCAUAGACUCCAGUGGAUCAUUUGCAAGCAGCCUUAAGGGGCCAAAUCCCAGUUCCACUGGAGUCAAUGGGAGAUUUGCCAUUGAUUUCAACUGGAUCAAGAUUUGGCCCAAACGCAAGGAUUAAACUUGUUUAGCAAAUAAAAUAUAAGCAGAGGAUUCGUGCCAGGAGCAGUGGUAGCAUUUCUGUAAGCCUUUGCACUGGAUUUCAUCUCGGCAUGUAACUAAUAGUCUUGCUUUCAAGAAGAAAUAAAUGAAGGGAUAAAGAUGACAUCAGUUUAAAAAUACUAACCUGUAAGGCUGGGCUGUUUUUGCAUUUUCUAAAUACAGUCUUUAAAAGGGCUUGUCUACACGAACAUUUAGUUUGCGGCAAACUGAGGCGUGAAUCUAUCCUGUGUUAGCCUGCUGCGUCAAAACUGUCCACGUGGACCCUGCUGAUGUGCAAUAACAGUUCCUUAGUACGCUUUGAUCUACCUGGCUUUGGAAUAGGAGUAGGUCAAAGGGCAUUAAGGAGUUGUUAGUGUGCAUCAGUGUGGGGUAGAUUCCCACUCCCCUCCCCCAUUUGCUGUGAAUUAAAUGAUCAAAUAAGUAAAUCCAAAGAGUAUGUUUCUAAGCCUACGUACACUGUUACAAACCAAGAGGAACUCCAGUAAAGUCCACUCAGUUCCACUGGUAUGAGAUUAGAAUCAGGCCCUGUUUUUCUACUUGCACUUAUAGUAAAGUUCAUAGGAAGUUAAAUCAGAUUGUAUCCGACCAUAUUGUGUUUUAGAAGUGUUGAAUGUGACAUUCAUAUCUAUUUAUCUUUUUAGGGUAAAAAGAGACACUCAUAUUUACGGAGACUGUUAGAUUUCACAAUACAUGGCAAAGCGCAUUCCUUUCUGUAGUGCUGGGUUUAGUGCUAUAUUCCAACAUGAAGUUUGACCUGAUCUCUUGCUUAUCCCUACAGCCUACUUUGCCGAUUAAAAACCAAUCAAAUUCUAA